AUUAGUCUGUGGCCACUGUUCAAUCCACCGCUAAUCAAUAAACGUUUUCUGAUAUUGUUGAGUGAAACAAACUAUAAAAAUAAAUGAAAGUUAAUAGACAUCUUCCAUCAUGGCCAUGCUAGAACCAAUACAAUUUCAUGUUGGUCAUGAGUACAGAGUUAUAAUAACACAUUACACUAAUCCAAAAAAUAUAUAUGUUCGGUCUGAUAUGCAUGAAGACAUUAGAGCCAUUGAAACUCCAGGAAGAGAUGCAGUUCAUUCUCCUGUUAACAAUCAAACUAUAAUUUAUAAGUCUAAAACACUUGAUAAAUUGGUUCGAGGAAGAAUAUGUCACAUAAGUGACGAAGCAAAUCCUACAUGUGAUAUAUUUGCAAUUGAUUAUGGUUGCAUGGAUACUGGUGUAGAGAUCAAAAAUAUACAUCCUCUAAACUUGAAGGUCCCAGAUUCAAAUUGUCCUGGAUUAGCAGUUCAUUGUCAGUUACACAUAUGCGAACCUAAAGAAGAUGAUUUUGGACCAGAAAUUCAAGAAAAAAUGAAAAUAUUCCUUGGUGAUGGUCCACCAAUGAUGCGUGUAGUUAAUAAAACUAAAGAUACUCUAGUGGUUGAAAUAAUGCCUCUAGGUGGUGUUUAUGAUUUGUCUCAACUGUUGGUAUUGUAUGACUUAGCAGUGUUCUCAAAACCAAAGAAAGUAAACAACACUUUUUCAUCAACUAAGAGUAAAGUGACACUUGUAUUAAAUUACAAACCUAAAAAGUUAUGUGUAGGAGAUAUCUUAUUGGGCAAACUGGUUGGCGGAGACUCAAUAAACAAUUUCUAUUUUUGUGAAAUUAGUGAUAAUGGUCAAACAAAGGAGAAUAUGGAUUUGUCAGCAUAUUGUAAAGAUAAAUCUACAGGUAAUCUUAAUAUGAUUAUAGGAGAACCAUGUGCUGUGGAAGUUGAUGGAAACUGUUAUGAACGUGCCAUAAUAAGGGCUGUUAACAGUAACGAACAUAGUGCAACAUUGUUCCUUGUAGACAAGGGUAUAGAGAUAAAAAGCAAGUUCUCUCGUCUUAAGCCUGUGCUUGAUAAACAAUACUAUGACAUACCAAUGCUUGCUAUUCACUGUUCAUCUACUGAGGAGGAAGUCAAUGGAGUGCCCUUCAAAGAUUUUUUAUCAGAUUCCAUAAAAUCACAACUUAAAUUAAAAGUUGUAAUCAGAGAAUUGGGAGAUUUUCCUCAUAAACCUAAUAAAAUAAAGAUUCUUUGGGUAGAGAAGUAGAGGUCUGGUACCUCUGGUACCUCCCGCUCUUAAAAUAUGAUGAAAUGAUGUCACUGUACUCAUGUUAUGUUUGAAAUAAUUAAAUAAAUGUUAAAAAAGUUUAUUCAAUUCUUAUGUAUCCUGCUUAGUUUGCACAAAAUGUGUAUACCGGGUGACUUCACAUAUUCCUCUCGGGAGAUGACAAUAGAAACAAUUUCCUACAAAAAUAGCCCUGAGGUCCCUAGUCCAAAAGUGGCUAAUUUCUGAGAUAUUUAAUAUUUUCGGUUUUGGUGAUAAAAUCACAAUUUAACUUCAAAACUUCAAAAAAAAAACUUUAAUAAA